CCACACGCCCCUUCGCGUGCCCCUGGCCGCUGUCGCCUCGGCGCUAUGGCGCCCACCAUCCAAACCCAGGCCCAGCGGGAGGACGGCCACCGGCCCAACUCCCACCGGACGCUGCCUGAGCGGUCCGGAGUAGUCUGCCGAGUCAAGUACUGCAACAGCCUGCCCGACAUUCCCUUCGACCCCAAGUUCAUCACCUACCCCUUCGACCAGAACAGGUUUGUCCAAUACAAAGCGACAUCCUUGGAGAAACAGCACAAACAUGACCUGCUGACCGAGCCAGACCUGGGGGUCACCAUCGACCUCAUCAACCCCGACACCUACCGCAUCGACCCCAAUGUUCUCCUCGAUCCAGCUGAUGAGAAACUUCUGGAAGAGGAGAUCCAGGCCCCGACCAGCUCCAAGAGGUCCCAGCAGCAUGCCAAGGUGGUGCCAUGGAUGCGCAAGACCGAGUACAUCUCCACCGAGUUCAAUCGUUACGGUAUCUCCAAUGAGAAGCCAGAGGUCAAGAUUGGUGUCUCUGUGAAGCAGCAGUUCACAGAGGAGGAGAUAUACAAGGACAGGGACAGCCAGAUCACUGCCAUCGAGAAGACAUUUGAGGAUGCCCAGAAAUCAAUAUCCCAGCACUACAGCAAGCCCCGGGUGACGCCCGUGGAGGUCAUGCCUGUCUUCCCAGACUUCAAGAUGUGGAUCAACCCUUGCGCCCAGGUCAUCUUUGAUUCUGACCCAGCCCCCAAGGACACCAGUGGUGCUGCUGCCUUGGAAAUGAUGUCUCAGGCUAUGAUCAGGGGUAUGAUGGACGAGGAAGGGAACCAGUUUGUGGCCUAUUUCCUGCCAGUGGAGGAGACGCUGAAGAAACGCAAACGGGACCAGGAGGAGGAGAUGGACUAUGCACCAGAUGAUGUGUACGACUACAAGAUCGCUCGGGAGUAUAACUGGAACGUGAAGAACAAAGCGAGCAAGGGCUACGAGGAGAACUACUUCUUCAUAUUCCGCGAGGGUGACGGUGUUUACUACAACGAGCUGGAGACCAGGGUCCGCCUCAGUAAGCGUCGGGCCAAGGCUGGGGUGCAGUCGGGCACCAACGCCCUGCUUGUGGUCAAGCACCGUGACAUGAACGAGAAGGAGCUAGAAGCCCAGGAAGCACGCAAGGCCCAGCUGGAAAACCACGAACCCGAGGAGGAAGAGGAGGAAGAGAUGGAAACAGAAGAGAAAGAGGCCGGGGCAUCAGAUGAGGAGCCCGAGAAGGGCAGCAGCAGUGAGAAGGAGGGCAGCGAGGACGACCGGUCAGGCAGCGAGAGCGACCGAGAGGAGGGUGACCGGGAAGAGGCCAGCGACAAGAGCGGCAGUGGCGAGGACGAGAGCAGCGAAGACGAGGCGCGAGCCGCCCGCGACAAAGAGGAGAUCUUCGGCAGCGAUGCUGACUCGGAGGACGAUGCAGACUCAGACGAGGAGGACAGAGGCCGAGCCCGUGGUGGCAGUGACAAUGACUCGGACAGCGGCAGUGAAGCGGGCGGGCAGCGCAGCCGCAGCGCCAGUCCCUUCCGCAGUGGCAGUGAGCACUCGGCCCAGGAGGACGGCAGCGAGGCGGCCGCUUCGGACUCCAGUGAAGCCGACAGCGACAGUGACUGAGCCCCCGAGGCUGGUGCGGACCCCGUGGGAGGGAGCAGGAAGGCACUUUUCUAGUGGUCUACUUGGGGAGCCCCUCAUGUUGUCCCCCCAAACCUUUACUGUGAAUAAAGCCACGUACUCAGCCAUCCCG